AUGACCAUCCCCAAACGCGCACUCCUGCUGUCCUCAUGCGCACUCACCUUUUUCAGCAAGAAGUAUGCGCCUGAGUCCCCCUUCACACAGGGGGGUUAUAUCAAGACCGUGCUUGCGCUUUUCGCGAUACAGUACUUCGCGCAGGCGUUCUACAAAAUCGUGAUCUAUCCGUUCUUCCUGAGCCCGUUGAGACACUUGCCUCAACCACCUAACGGCCACCCCCUCCUCGGCCACUUUCCGCGCAUCUUCCGCGACCCAUCUGGGGAACCACAACGGGACUGGAUUGAUAACGUUCCUAAUGACGGCGUGUUGUACUAUCGCUGGCUGUUUAACGAGAGCAGAGUUUUGGUGACGAGUCCGAAAGCAUUGGCCGAGGUGCUGGUGCAGAGGAACUAUGAGUUUGUUAAGCCGGCAAGGAUUAGGGAGGGUCUGGGGAGAUUACUUGGGGUGGGGAUUUUGUUGGCAGAGGGGGAUGAGCAUAAGCGCCAGAGAAAGCUACUGAUGCCGGCUUUCGCGUUCAGACAUGUCAAAGAUCUUUACCCGAUCUUCUGGAGAAAGAGCCAGGAAAUGACAGAUCGAAUUCUCAAGAUUACAGACCGGGCUCCAGAUGGCUCAAUUGUAAUUGAAGUCCGUGACUGGGCUUCUCGCGCAACCCUUGACAUCAUCGGUUCAGCAGGCAUGGGCAAGGACUUCGACUCCUUAAUGAACCCAGAGAAUGAGCUUUUCCAAACCUACAAGAAAAUCUUCUCUAGCAACCGCGGCGCUCAGGUUGUUCAACUUCUGCUCGGCAUGCUGCCUCAUUGGCUCGCUGUCAACCUCCCACUGAAGCGCAACGAUGAAAUUGGUCAAGCGAUCGGCACCAUCAAAAAGGUGUCCCGCGAUCUCAUUAUCGCAAAGCGCGGCCAGGUCCAGCGUGGCGAAAAGCCGUCUCACGACAUCUUGUCUGUAGCUAUGGAGUCAGGUUGCUUCACCGACGAAGACCUUGUGAAUCAACUCAUGACCUUCCUCGCAGCCGGCCACGAAACAACCGCCAGCGCCAUGUCCUGGGCCAUCUACUGCCUAUGUCAGUACCCCGAGACACAAAAACGCCUCCGCGAAGAACUCCGCUCCCAACUCCCUGCACUUCUAGACCCCAGCGACCAGAUCGCAAGCACCGACAUCGACCGGCUUCCCUACCUCAACGCCGUCCUCAACGAAACAAUGCGAAUCUUCCCACCAGUACCAUUGACGAUGCGCAGCACCGCCAAUGACACCACAAUCUGCGGCUCCUUCGUGCCCCGCGGCACCACCGUCAUAAUCUGCCCCUGGGCCAUCAACACCUCUAAGCACCUCUGGGGUCCCGACGCGCGCUCUUUCAACCCUGACCGAUGGCUCGGCAACCACGCCAACACCGGGGGUGCGGAGAGCAACUAUGCGAUUACGACGUUUUUGCAUGGCCCGAGGAGCUGUAUUGGAAAGGAGUUUGCAAAGGCAGAGUUUGCGUGCCUUGUGGCGAGUUUGGUGGGCAGGUUUGAGAUCGAGUUUGAGGAUGGCGAGUGGGAGUUGAAGAUUCAGGGAGGCAUCACUGCGAGGCCGAAGGGUGGGUUGAGAGUUAGGUUAAGGGAGGUUGGAGAGGAGAAGGCGUGAGAGGGAUUGUUGCCGCGUAGAUUGGGGAUAUGAGAUGUAAAUGAACGGUGUUC